AUGGGAUUUCAGGCAGGUCAGGCCAUUGGUUCCAUGACGCUGGAAGAGCAACAGAAUGAUAAAUCACGUGAUCUGGUCUAUCGUGAUAUUGCCUGUCGUUGGCUUCGACAACACGCAACCCGAUGGAAGGCUUGGACAAUCGGUUGGGAUCAGAAAUUGAAUCUGACGGUGGCCGGCAUGUUUAGUAUGUACGGGAGUUGGGUUGUACCGGGUCUGAAAGAAAGUUUUCUGUUCAUAUGCGAAGGUCUGUUCAAUCUGCCUGCGCAGCUGGUUUUGAGGGACGAUGGUGUAUCUCUGUCCGCAUAG